AUGCCAACGUAUCACCAAGAGAACAUCGACACGAUUUCGACCUCAACACCAUCCGGUGACCCAGAAAAGGUUUAUGCGGAUACAGCUGUCGGCGCGAAUCUUGAACUCGACGAGAAUGCGCUACCGCCGGGGUACUUUCGUUCCAAGUUUUUCGUGGGAACGAUGGCAGGUAUAGGUUUGGGAUUGAUGGCUGGUGAUCCAAACAUCACGUGGGUGGCUCUUGCGUACACGCUCACUUCUGCCGUCACCCUCACCAUCAUUGGGCGCGUCUCGGAUAUAUUUGGACGUCGAUGGGUGUUUGUUGGAGGUGCUGCCCUCGGGGUGAUUGGGAGUAUCAUUGCCGCGACUGCGCAGAGCGUCAACACCCUCAUUGGUGCCACUACCAUCCUGGGCAUCGCUGCCGCUACCCAACUCUCGUACUUUUAUGUCAUGGGCGAGCUCGUCCCCAUGAAGUACCGCCUCGCUGGAAAUGCCUUCUGCUAUCUCUUUUGCAUCCCAGGAUCCGGAGUUGCACCGCUCAAAUUCGAUUAUGUCGGCACUGCGCUGUACACGGGAGGUCUUUUGGUCUUUAUGAUGGGACUCAGCUGGGGAGGCUCGGUCUAUCCAUGGGCUUCGGCAUCAGUCAUCGCAACGAUUGUGAUCGGAUUCGUCGCACUGAUAGCAUUCGUUCUAUGGGAAUGCUUUGUCGACUUGAAGGAGCCGCUGGUGCCGAUGCACAUCUUCUCAAACUACUCCUGGAAUGCUUCAGUUCUUCUGACUGGACUCGGUGCAUCCGUGUACUACGCCUUCGCGAUCGUGUGGCCUUCCAUGGUGGCUGUUCUCUACAGCGAUGGUGGAGUCAUGGCAAGCGCAGGGUUGUCCUCGUUUGUUGGAUUAUUCAUCACCAUUGGGCAAAUCGUUGGAGGUUUCGCGGGCAAGAAGAUAGGGUAUCUCAAAUGGCAAUGCGUGGUCGGUAUCACGCUCGGGGCCAUUUGCUUCGGGUCAAUGGCAACCUGCGGCGUCGGUACGAAGGCCAGAGCUUCGGCGCUUGUUGGCGUUGGUGUCUUUUGUAUUGGCUGGACAGAAGGCGCGGCGAUCACCAUCGUUACGCUUGCGGCGAAGGAUCAGUUCGCGCUGGGGACUUCUGCUGGCGUGGCGGGUUCUAUUCGUUUCCUCAUCUCGUCCAUCGCAUCCACUGUCUACACCGUCAUUCUGUCCAACAGACUGACUACAACUAUUGCAGCUCAGGUGCCUCCUGCCGUCAUCGCUGCUGGACUCCCAGCCACCUCGGUUGCAACUUUUAUCUCGGCAUUCUCUCUCGGGGCCUCCGCAUUCGAAAAAGUCCCCGGAAUGACACCAGAAAUCCUCGCGAUCGGGACAAACGCCUAUCAGCAUGCCAACGCAGACGCUUAUCGAACUGUUUUCUUCUCGAACAUUGCCUUCUCCGGUGUAGCAAUCAUCUGCAGUUUGCUCCUUCCAAAUGUGGAUCAUCUGCUUACCGGACAAGUAGCUACUACGCUGCACAGCGGUCGGGACGAGGAUCAUAUUGCCGGCGAGAAAUCUUGA